AUUUCUUUACUUCCACGGGCGCCACAGUGGUCGAUUCUCACCUUUGUACCAUGACCGAUGUCUUGACAAGCCGCGAGCUGCUGCUCACGAUACUGGAGUUCCAGCCAGGAGUAUGCCAUCAACUCAAACCGUUCCUUGACGAGUACAACCAAGUCGCCAUCUCCCUCUUGAGUUCCACACGACAUGCGGAGCUGCUCUUUGCCCACAACAUUGCCCUGCCUCAGGUGACCAUGCUUCGCCUCCACAGCGAAAUUCGACAAGCCAAAGCUGUGAUAGCACUCCGCCAAUCCCGCCUCCUUCUACAAGCAUUCGAUCUGCACGGCGCCACGUUUUACGAUCGUUUGCGUCGCUGUCGACCCGAGAUGCUUGAUCAAUCGUUCCUGUAUAUUGCAGUCGACACGGGUAUCCUUGGCAUUGUGGACUAUUACCAUCGGCGGCUUCCCCAGUGUUUCACCUCGUCCCUCAUGGACAUUGCAGCUUCGCACGGAGACCUGCGCGUGCUGAAGUACCUGCACCUUCAUCGCACAGAAGGCUGCACGACCAAGGCCAUGGACUACGCCGCAGCCCACCGACAUUUGUAUACACUCAAGUGGCUCCACACGAAUCGCUCCGAAGGAUGUACCGUUGAUGCCAUGAAUCAUGCCGCACAGCACGGUUUCCUCCCCAUCGUUCAAUGGCUACAUGCGAAUCGAAAGGAAGGUUGUACGACCUUUGCCAUGGACGAAGCAGCGCGUGCCGGACAUUUGCAGGUCGUCCAAUGGCUACAUGAAAAUCGUACAGAAGGCUGCACCACUGCCGCUAUGAAUGGAGCUGCGCAAAGCGGUCAUCUUCACAUCGUCGAAUGGUUGCACGCGAAUCGAAUGGAAGGGUCCACGACGGACGCCAUGGAUCGCGCGUGUGAAGCAGGACAUUUGGCGGUUGUGCGAUUCCUUGGAGACGUGAGGCUUGCUGAGUGGUCCCCGUAUGCCAUGGCCGCUGCCAUUCGCAACGGCCAUUUGGCAGUUGUCAAGUAUUUGCACGAAGUCAAGGGGGAGCCUCUGAGGGGUCAAAGUCUCUGCAACAGCUACGAAAUGAAGGAGUACAUUCGACUGCAUGCUUUGGCUGUGCCCCCGCAACGAAGUAUGGCGACUGCGUAAUUAGUGCUAGAGGCAAUCUUGAUGUGUUCUUGUGGAGCAACUCAGACCGCCGUAAACAUUUCCUGGUAGUACAGUGUGUGUGCUUGCUUUUGACAUAACCUCGAAGUAAUCAUUAGCGUUACGCAUAUUUAUGAUGGCA